UAAGGCUUUGAUUCGCAGACGAAAAUGAGUGAAACUUCAUAGCAAUAAUCUGUCACCGUUAAAAUGAAGGCAAAACAGAAAGCGUUUGUCAAGAUCCUGAUAUUAGCUGGAGUUGUAUAUAUGCUAAUAAUGUGUGCAAUUUACCGAACAAGCUUUUCCGACCCCUCACCUGAGCCAGAGACCAGAUAUCGCAAAAAAGUAGCCGUCAUCAAAAAUACUGAGCCACCGCCGCAUCCCUGCAAAGAAGGAGAUGUCAAAUGCGAGCAGCGCGAGAAAAGGGCCAAAGAAGCGAAAGAAAAUGGCCAAGUUAGCUGGAUAAGGGGUUUCUGGGACAAGCUUGUAUCCUCGUUCCCAGAUGGGCCCGGGGAAGGCGGUAAAGCAGUAGUAUUGAGUCAACGCGACGAUAAAAUUGCCAAGGAGCGUUUCAAAGAGAACCAAUUCAAUGUUGUUGCCAGUGAGAAAAUAUCGCCCAACAGGACUUUACCUGACUAUAGAAACUCACAUUGCCGGGCGAAGCAAUAUCCAACAGCAUUGCCAGUUGCAACAAUCAUCAUUGUUUUUCACAACGAAGCUUGGUCAACAUUGAUACGCAGUUUAUAUAGUAUAUCUAGCAGAACGCCUCAUCAUUUAAUCAAGGAGAUCAUUUUAAUCGAUGAUUUAAGUGACAGAGAUCAUCUGAAGGACCCACUUGAUGUGUUUCUUGCUGAAAAAUACAUGUUCCCCACGCGUCUCUACAGAAUGCCCACAAGAUCAGGUCUGAUAAGGGGUCGUCUAAAGGGAUCAGAUAUGGCAGAGACUCCAGUCAUCAUUUUCUUGGAUGCUCACAUCGAAGUUUCACACGGUUGGAUUGAACCUCUGCUGUUCGAAUUGACACAACACCGGGAGACAGCAGUUUCGCCCGUGAUAGACACUAUAAGUGACGAAAACUUCGCUUAUUUGGAAGCAAGUAUGAACAUCUGGGGUGGGUUCAACUGGAGGCUUUCCUUCAGAUGGUACCACGUGACAGAACCCCAUGGCGGGUCUCUUAAAAGUCGCCGGCGCUUUCAAGAAAAAACUGAACCAGUCAGGACUCCCACUAUGGCCGGUGGUCUCUUCGCAGUGUACAAGGAUUACUUUGAGGAGAUCGGAACUUACGACUCAGGAAUGGAUGUGUGGGGUGCUGAAAAUCUAGAAAUAUCUUUUAGGGUAUGGUUGUGUGGAGGUAGACUUUUGAUCUCUCCGUGUUCACACGUAGGCCAUGUGUUCCGCAAACAAACGCCCUACACGUUCCCGGGGGGAACCAGUCACGUGAUUAAUAAAAAUACGAAGAGACUGGCUGAAGUGUGGAUGGACGAGUACAAGGAGAUAUGGUACCAGAUCAACCCAUCUGUUCGUGACCUUGACAUGGGAGACAUAAGUGAGCGACUGCGACUGAAGGAAAAGCUACAAUGUAAGCCCUUUAGUUGGUACCUGGAGAAUAUCUGGCCCGGAUCCCAGUUCAACUUAGACUUGAGCUAUUUCGGCCAGAUCCGCAACCAGCUCUCAGAAUGUCUGGAUACAAUGAGUAGAAAUGACGGAGCUUUGGGAGGAUACUCGACAUGUCACAGCCAGGGUGGCAACCAGAUCUGGGCGUACACUAAUGAUGAGAAGCUGAGGCAUGACGACAUGUGUCUGCAGGGUAAGAAGGUGGGCAUGCCAGUGACAUUCAUCAAGUGCCAGCAUGCGCCACAGAGAGAUCUCGACUGGCUCUACGACCCAGAUGUGAAACUGUUCGUGCACAAAUCCUCACAAGGCUGUCUCACAACAGACGGGGCAUCAAACUUAAUGGUGCAACCAUGUAAUAACUCGCCUAACCAAAAAUUCACAAUUUUGGCCGCAAUCCCAAAGUACAAAAAAGCAGAGUCGUAACAAGGAAGAAAAGAAUAAAAAGAAAGAGUAGGAAUAUUAGUUUGCUCAAAUUGUUCACUGAAUGAACUCGCCGUGUUAAUGGGAGAUGCAAAUCUCGUUACGCAAUAACAUGCAGUAGCCACCCUUGCCUUAGCCCCAUAUUCAGAAUAAUACCUGCCCUGGAGAAAAGAGUUGCCCAGAAUUAUGCAGAAACUGAAAUACAGUUUAUUCGACUGAACGUAGGAAAUUCUUCGUUUUAUUAAUAUGAAAAUUAUUUCAUGUAAUGAAUUCUUCGGCGUUAAAUUUUCGUACCGCUUUGUAUAUUCUAACUGUCACUAGAUUAAUAAAUAAUUAAGCUAUAGAACAAUCAUUGAACCAAAUAUUCAGAAAGCAAAGCUAUAAUAUUUGACGAAGCUAGGUUUAUUAUCUCAAUUGCUGCUGCUAUAUGCUGGUCAUCUUAGAAAAGUAUGAUUUAUUGAUAUUCUAAAAAUUUUAUUUUGAAUUAUUUAUUGUCUUAACUAAAGUGAAUGAAUUGAAUAGCUACGAAAUAUGGAAUUUGUUUGGUCAUGGGCUAUAAGAUGAAAUCAAAAUGGUGCUAAAAUCAUAUUUGGAAAACUAGUCAGCAAUUUCAAACAGGUAUCAAAAUUCUCUAUUGUCGAAAAUCAUGCUUGAAAUACCUUUUUAGUUUGAAAUAAAGAGUGGUAUUUUAUCAUGAGGAUUAUACAAUUAGUUGUACAUGAAAAGCCGCUGGAAUUUAGCUGAAGUUAUUCGAUGUUAAACUAAAAUACUGUUUAAGUUAUUUGGACGCAAAAAUUGAUAUAUAGACAGACGUCUCAAUGUAGCUGGUAGGGUUUUGUUUUGUUUUCACACAAUACCUUUAUUUGUUCCCAAAUGUUUAUUUAUGAAUGUUUUCUUUUUCUAAUGGUUAUUUCAGAAAUAAUAAUUUAAGUAUUAUAAAAUGA